AUGUUGCGGCAAGACAGAAAGAAGGUGUGUGAAGAGACUUUAUCCUCCAGGAUAGAGAUGAUGAAUGUGGGAGUCAGUACAGAGCCCUGCCAUGCCAGGUGGGAGCUAGAGACAGAUGCAGCUGUCCUACAGCGGCGGCAAAAGCAGAUAGAUUAUGGCAAGCGCACACCUGGUUACCAGUGCUUUCUGCAGCAGGUCCCCAAGGCACAGCGACAGCCAGGACUUCACCCUCAAACACCGAACAAGAACAGGAGGUACAGCCGUCGCUCCUGGGAUGCCCAGAUCAGGAAGUGGAGAAGAGCCUUACAUUCCUGGGACCCUCCCAGCCAGCCUCUGCAGGCUGAGGGGUGCGGAAUGGACAAUCUCUUAGAGCCAAUGGAUUCCACCCCUUUGGAUGACUGGCUCCAGGCCCUGGAACCCUCAGAGAAUCAGGAUGAAGAGUAG